UGUUGUCAGCAGCUGUUGGGAGUGGGAAGAGCUUGAUUUGGAAGGCAGCUUGCAGUACACCAGAUUUGGGUAAGGGGAGCAGCGCUUUACUCAGUCAUAAACUAGUCUGUCCCUACCUGAGAUAGCUCUGGAGAUAGAAAGGGAGAUGGAAUUUGAAAGUUUUCUUUUGGUUAAGGCAAGGAAUAGUGCUGCCUAUCUGUUAGUGAGUUAAGAGUUCCCAGUGUUCGCUGGCUUUUGUUGAAAAAGGAGGAGUUUUACCUGUGAAACAAGUCUAAAUUCAGUGGUGGUUUGAAUGCAAAUGCAAAGUUUCUGUAUGCUGUACACACCUUGAGGCUCUAAUACUGAACUGAAUACAUGAGCUGGGAGAGCCUCUUGGCAUUGAAUGCAAAGGCUUUCCACACAAGCAUCUGCCAAAAGAGAAACAAGUAGUUUCCAAGUCCUUUACUGCUGCCUAAGAUGUGUGACUUAUUUGUCUCUCUGGAACAAAUUGGCCAUUUUGGCACGAAUGUACUGAAUACAUGAGGAGUUCUUAGAAAUAGGUGUUAGUUACUAGAGAGAUCCAGGCUCCAAGUCUCACUUGAUCAGGAAUGCAGUUCUAGGUGCUGAGGAGGGUGAAAAACGUAGAGAAUAACCAAAAGUAUUGGUCCUGGUGGCACUGUGAAGGAUAAUUACAGUAGCUGUUAUGAAAGCAGAGUGCUUCAGAAAUGGAAAGAGUUCAGUUUUGGUCUUAUCACCACCUGUUGUGUUAGGUGCGGGUGGCUUUUCAGACCAGCCCUUCAGUUAAGGCAAAGCUCUCCUCAGAGUUCACCGCAGAAGUGGGUAAGAGCUGCCUUUCCUGGCUUUCCAAACCAUUGGACUUUUAUUGAAGGGCAGCCAUAAUUUUUGACCAUUUUGUUGAGAUCCACCACUGUGACCCAGUCUCAGUCUUUUCUCCCUUCCCUCUUGUCAGGUAUAUGUGAUUAUGUGAGAUGAACAACACAUACCUGCAUGUAUUCAUUGUUGGACAAGACAUUAAGAAAAGUGUCUCAUCACACUGGCUGUGCUGUCAAACGUUUGAUGAAAGAGGCUGCAGAACUGAAGGAUCCUACAGAUCAUUAUCAUGCACAGCCUUUGGAGGAUAAUCUUUUCGAAUGGCACUUUACUGUUAGAGGUCCUCCAGAUUCAGAUUUUGACGGAGGAAUUUAUCACGGGCGAAUAGUACUUCCACCUGAAUAUCCCAUGAAACCUCCAAGCAUUAUUUUGCUGACGGCUAAUGGCAGGUUUGAAGUUGGGAAAAAAAUUUGCUUAAGCAUCUCAGGGCAUCAUCCUGAAACAUGGCAGCCUUCAUGGAGUAUAAGAACAGCUUUACUAGCCAUUAUUGGAUUUAUGCCAACCAAAGGUGAAGGAGCAAUAGGAUCUCUGGAUUAUACACCAGAAGAAAGAAGAGCUCUUGCAAAGAAGUCACAAGACUUCUGUUGUGAAAUGUGUGGCACAUCUAUGAAGACAGCCCUCUUACCACUAACGUCAGGAAGUGGGUCAAGCCAGGCAGACAAGGAGGCUAAGGAACUUGCCAGACAAAUUAGCUUCAAGGCAGAAGUAAAUUCAUCCAGGAAGUCAGAAGCAGAACCUUCAAACUCAGCAGGACUGAGCAGCUCUUCAGCUUCACCUGAGCCCCAGCAGGAUGGUGCAGCUCGAGCAUUCCAGGAUUCAGCAAGUGCAAUGUCCGAAGCUCAGGCCAGCAGCACAGCACCUAGUCCGGAGCGUGCUCCAUCUGUGCCCACAAACACAUCCCUGAGUCCCCGGCAGCGUCGUGCCCAGCAGCACAGCCAGAGAUGGGCUCCGGCUUCAACUGACUUUAAUCGGGUGCAGCAGCCCAGGGCCAACCCCAACCACACUGGGUCCACGGUUCUGAUCGUCCUUCUGACUUUUGCGCUAGCGGCUCUUAUAUUUCGGAGAAUAUACUUGGCUAAUGAGUAUAUAUUUGAGUUAUAAGGUUGUUUCUGUUGUAAGUGCGGUGAUUUGGAUGCUCCAGUGAACGUUCUGUAUUGCGUUUGACAUGAGAAGUGUUUACAAAGGUUACUUUUGUAUUUACGCUUAAGUCCUUACGAAUGUUAAUGUAGCUGCAAAUACAUUACUUGUAAGAGAAGCCAAGCUGGACGUCUGACUACAAGAAGUGUUAACUCAGUGCCCAACAGAUUGUUGGAGAGAGUGUGGUGAAGUAGUGAGACUAAGGCAUGCGCAAGGGGAGUGGUACAGUAAUUUAUUAAUUAGAAAAAGACAGUUUUUAAAAGUGGCUGAUUCACUUUUUUUUUUUUAAUGGAAUGUAAAUGCAGUUAACAACCCCAUCUGAGUUAGCAUAAGAUCUAGCUUUGGAGACAGAAUUAUAAAAUGAAUCAGUACGAUGUGUUGGGGCCCAGUGAGCUGUUAAUUUAGAAGGGAUACGGCUUUGUAACAGCUUUUAUUUACUGUGAUGCAUUUCUAGAGAGGAGAACGCAUACGCAUCGGUUGAGAUUCUGCUUUGUGUGUGUGAAUGGGGGAAAGGAGUGGGGCAGGAAAGAAGGGGCCAGAAAACUGUUUGCAUUAUUUUGAUUUUUAUUUGUUUGGAGGUAAGAUUGGAUGAUCUUCUGCAAGAUUUGAAUGUCCUCUUCUAAUACUCUCCACUGUAUAUCUUGCUUUUUUUUAAAAUUUGAAGGUUAUGUAAAACAUGUCUAUUCUUGCAAUAGUUAUAAAUAUGUAAUAUAAUUAUUUACCCAGAGUUACUGUCUUUUAAUUAUACCAGAAGUAUACAUAGUGCGUUAAGCCAAAUGUUUCACUUGUGGUUUUAUUUCCUAAAGAAAACUUAACUGUUAUUAUACUUAAGCUCUCAUAUACUUGAACGUGGUUAAGAGAACUAUUUAUUAAAACUUGGUAGUAACAAACUGUUUCAAGCCAGUCUGCGGUUACGUUUUAAGUAUCUCAGAGCUUUUUAUUUGUUUUGUUUCCGUGGUUUGUAACCUGAAAUCAAUAUUGGACCCAGAGACUUUCUGUAUUAUUAUUUUAUUAAAAAUAAAUAACUGGUAAGAUCCUCACGAAUGCUGUGAAGUUGUUAAGAUUUGAGAGGUUUUGUCUGGGGAUUCUUCUUAAGCGUUGCAGUGAAGUAGAAGAAGGCAAUUGGUGGCGUAGUUUUCCACCUGUAUUAUUGUAACUAAUCUUUACUUUGUAGUUGUCAAAUAGCACUGACUUCAGCUAGGUUUUCAUCCCGCUUCUAGGCAAGUACUUAUUAAGCUACCUACAGCUCUCCUAAAUUUUGUUAAGUGCAGUAUGUGGUAGUGGUUUGGAACAUCAAUGUAACUAUAACAACCUCUAAAAAAAAAUAAAGCCCGUUAUAUGUCUAA